AUUUUCGGCCCCGAUGAACGCCCAUUUGUUGUCUUUGAAGUCAUCGACAGAGGCGGUGAAGAUGUUCAAUACAGCCAAUACACUGACAUUGGCAGAGUCACGAACUUCAACUAUGGCGGUCCAGUUUCAGCGGCUGCUACAGGCAGCAAAGACUGGAGGGAACUCUCCAAUUUUGGACAAGGAUAUCACUAUGGGAAUGCAGAAGACCAUGAUGUGUUGAAUUUUAUUGACAACCACGACGUUCAAAGAGAUUCGAAUCCAGAAGUG